UACCUGUCGGCGCCCGAGCGCGAGCACCUGGCCAGCAUGAUCCACCUGACGCCCACGCAGGUCAAGAUCUGGUUCCAGAACCAUCGCUACAAGAUGAAGCGACAGGCCAAGGACAAGGCGGCGCAGCAGCUGCAACAGGAGGGCGGCCUGGGACCCCCGCCGCCGCCGCCGCCGCCGCCGCCCUCGCCUCGCCGAGUCGCCGUACCGGUGCUAGUGAAGGACGGCAAGCCGUGCCAGAACGGCGGCGCGGGCACCCCGACGCCCGGCCAGGGAAGCCAGCAGCCGCAGGCCUCGACGCCCGCGCAGGAGCUGGAGGAGCUGUCGCCCAGUCCGCCCGCGCUGCACGGUCCCGGGGGCGGUUUAGCGGCCCUGGACGCUGCCACCGGGGACUAUGGUGGAGGAGUGCUCGGCGCCAACCUGCUCUAUGGCAGGACGUGGUGAUGGGCCCCCCGGGGUCCGCCUGCGAUUCGCAGGAUCUGCCAAGAAACUGCAAGAAUGGAUGGGGAAAAUGUACAGAAGCUGAGCUUUUAGUGCAUGAAGAUAAGAACGAAUGAGUCUUGGAGAGGGUCAGGCUUCUUUGAACCUCUUUGCUGGGGGUGGGAGAAGGCUAUGGCCCCGGACCGAAUAAUGUGACACCGCACUUUGAGGUGGUGAUUUCCCUUUUCAGAAAUUCCUAAGUUAUGCGAAGAACUGACGGGAUCCACAUUCACCACGUUCCUAACCAAAGCUCUCAGAGUUUUAAAAGUUGGAAACUUUGUUGGUGUUUGUAUCUCUAUAAAUCAACCAGCUUUCACGAUGAAUCCUUGAAGUGGAAUUUAUUUUGGGAGAUUAAUUUGCAAAGCCCCUCCCCUAAGUGCAAUUUCGUUAAUGCUUGAUUGAAAGUAAAUUGAUUUGUAGCCCAAAGUGGAUCAUAUACACAGCAACGUGAUUGCCGAGGAAUUAUUGCCAUUUGGGUAAAACAGAGCAAUGGAAUAAAAAGAAUCGAAAUCCUAAUUAUAUGGAUCGUUACUGUUUUUACAUUUAAAUACUGAUUUUAAAAUAUCUUGUUCAUUAUUAGGCAACCAAGUAAUUGUAUAUUAUCCUAGAAGAGCGCAAUCCCCACCCCCAAGAUGAAGCUCAUCAUAAAGAAGGCUUGUAAAACAUUUUUAUGUAGAAUCUGGUCUUUCCAAAUUAGCUGAUAAACAUACCAUUUCCUUCUAUAAACAUGGUAUUUAUUCUCGUUAAAGUAUUUUUGCCUGAAUUUGAACUCCUCUACAAAGAACUAAAAGUACUAAAACAAGCAAGUAAAAUUGCCAAUAUUAUUGUCAAUCUAUUUUAAAACAUGUUAAGGUGAUUUAUUGAAUUGUAAUCAAGAUAUACAGAAAAUUAAAAUAAUUAUACUUUUCCAUCAUAUUUAGAACUUAGGAGUUGCACCAAUUUUUAUUGUAUAAAUGUACUUACUCUUUAAUAUGCCAAUUUAUAUUUCCAAUAUUUCAAAUGGAUAUUUAAAUAUAACUUAAAAAAACCUUAAGUACUUUUUUCUAAGAGUUAAGAGGUCAUUUCUUUUUCUUAAAUGUUGUAGGGAUUUUUUUCUUUUUCCUUUUGGCAGAGUGUGGCAAUUAUUUCUCAUUAUUAAAAUAGUCAUUUUGGAGGGGGAAAAGCCGACUGAAUAGUGUGAACUAACAGAAUUAAUGGAAGGUAAAAGAAAUAAAAUGGGCAAAACGUACUUUCAAAUCAUCAAAACAGAUGGUCACGAGAGACCCCCCACCCCCAACCCUUUUCUGCAUUUGAGGUUUUAGAAGAACAAAUUUGGGACUGAAACAAUUGAUUUUCUUUCAUGGUUUGAACAUUUUUCUAGAAAGUUCCAAGUAACUGUAUAGGAAGGCACAUAGAACUCAUACUUGAACUCCAAAAUGUACUUUAUAAAGUAAAUCCUCUUUAAAAAAUAAAUUAAAUAAAUAAACUCUAGUUCCUCUCACUUCAAGGAAAGGGAGGGGCUGUGGAGCAAAGAGAUUGUCUUUUGUCAAACCACCAGUGUGCUUUUUUGGAGGAUGGAAUUUAAUUUUAAAGCAUUUUAAUAGACAAAUUAGUAAAACAACAAAAAUAAUGGUAUGAUAAACAUACCAAAAAAUCUCCUAACUUGAGUUUUUGCAUCAUUAGUAGACUGACUUCAGAAAUCAAUGUUAAUCUCGCUGGUAAAGUUAAUUACUGAUGUGAUGUGAUUCAAAGUGCUUUGUUUUCAUCAAUUUGACUCUGUUACCUCUAGAAAAUGUUUUAAAAAUCCACACAAUUUAUGAUUCUUUUUUUAUUUUUUCGGAUCAACACUUAUGAAAACAAUAGCUUUAUGGUCCACGAGCAUCCAGUGAUACCCUUAAGGAAAAUAAACUUAUAACAGUUUUUUUCCUAGAUAACUUAUUUCCAGGACAAAGAAUCCUUUAAAUUAAACGAACUCUACUGAAAAUAAUGUCACCGGGGGCAAACAAUCUUUUUUCCAUUCACCAUUUUCUUAAAGUAUAUUUACUGUAACCAUAUCUUUUUCCGUUCAGCAUUCUCUUUAGUAAAAAAAGAGAAAAAGAAAAAAAAAAAAAAAAAAAAAAAAAAAAAAAAAAAAAAAAAAAAAAAACAAGCUUGAGGUAAUUGCUGCAGAGGGCUUAACAUUCUACACCCGGAGACUUACUGAGCACAUCCUGACAUUAGGAAAAGGUUUGAUUCCUGAAACAUUAAAAGAAAUGUUUUUACUAUAGAAUUCCACUUUCUGAUUAAUGCAAAGCAAGAGCCUUUUUCUUCUUUUGCAGUUGGUGCUUCACAGAUCUUUUAUGAAAAUACAAACGGCUAGACUAGGUGAAACUCAUUAACUGAAGAGGAGGAUAAGUGUCUCCACAACCAAGAGGGAGGACUGGAGCAGGGGCUGGGAGGAACAAAGCCCUCUCUAAGUUGAGCUGAGGCCAUAGCAAAACCGGGUUUCAGAAAUGCUAACUCUGCAGAUGUGACAUUUUGCAAUACAUUUUGGGGUCUAUCAUCUUUUCUAGCAGAGGCCUGGAAAGCAAACUGCGGAAGGAAAGUUGCAGGAGUAACAGCAGGGAUGCUAGGUACUUCCGUGUGGUCUUCAUUAGGAUGUAAAUUGAAGUAUGAGAGCGUGUGCAGCUUUGAAGGACACAAGAAGGAUGUUUCGUAUAUGCAAGGGUGAGAGUGUAACUCAGUUGUCCUAUUUGAGGCUUUGCUUAGAACCACAAUCUAAAGGUCAGAACAAGUAGUUAAUCAACACAGAUGUGUUCUGCUAGUAGCUGUUUACUUUCAAUUUAAAGCAAAUCAGAGACUCAAUCCUGUUCACUAAAUGCACACACCUUCCACAGGCUUGCUUUGUUAACUACACCGAACGGUAAUGGUUCUAAAAAUGAAUUUAUGGGCCAUAAUUAUAUAAAGACAUAUAGAUUUGAUUUUUAGGUGUCAAUUUGUGCAAAUAAGAAAAUAAAGCAUUAAGUGGUAGCAAUAUAAAUUCCAGUUCAGAUACAAUGAAAGCACAGAUAAUACUACCCUGCCAUUUAUUACCACAGUAUUAUGGUGGACCCCUGUAUGUAAUUAUUUGAAUUUAGGUUUUUUGAAACAAUGUUAUUUGCUAUCCACAAGCACAAUCUCAAGUGAGACAGAGAACUCGGAUACAUUCAUAAGACAUGAGUCACCUUCUUACUGUUAGUGAGAAUUGGUGAGUAUCUAGGGGAAAUUUCAUAGAUGCCAGACUGGGGAACCACAUCCAUGUCACCUAGAGCUCUUCCCUCCAGUGAGUAUGGGGAUUUGAGAUCUCCAGGUUACUUUUUCUAAGUUUAAUGGUGAUCAAAGUUUCUGACAGAGGGUUUUUGGUUGUUUAGUUUUGCUUUAGAAUGUUUAUCUGAAAUGGAAUGAAAUGCUGUUUUUUUGUUUUGUUUUUUUUAAUCUCUGUAACCUCAGUAAUUGUUUAGGUAACUUCUAAUAAAAAAAAAUUAACCAGUAAUACUGUAUAAGCUUAAAGUGCACAAUUUUGCAGUAGUGAAUAGCUUUAGUGCCAUUUCAAACAUACAAAGUAAAGCAUGUUGUCUUUUUACCCCAAUUCCGUAGAUAGAAUAUAGAAAAAGAGCCACAAAGAACAUCUGUUGGAAUUAAUACUGAGGAAGCAUAUUUCAAGAAUUGGAUUCUUGUUACUUUGUUCAUUCUUUGACCUUUUUCCUGGUUAGAAAUAGACUGGGUCAGUCACCAGGAAUACAGUUGAUGGCACCUUCAUUUUCUGACCUGUUCACAGUGUGUAUGAAGUCUUGAGAAUAAAGACAGAGUUGUAAAGCCACUAUGUGGCUUCUGAUUGGGGACAAAUUGACUCUAGAGAAUGUCUAGAUUUUAGAUUUCUAGGCACAACUAAUUCUUAUAGUCAAAACUUCUAAUUUUAAACAGAAACCUG